CAGCGAUUGCUCGUACACGUCCGACAUUCCUGCACCAGAGCUACUUGCCACAGACUGGACACUCCCACCAGAUGAAUUCAUAAAAAGGUGAUCAGUGGUGCGCUCCUAUCAGAGGACUUCAACAUUGGUCUGAUCAACAGGAUUCUUGGGGGUUUCCAGAGUAAACAUGGUGGCCUAUGAAGUGACCGUGUCCACUGCCUAUUUCAGCGGCGCCACCACUGUUGGCAGUGUGUUCAUUAAGCUGGUGGGCACAGAUGGAGAGAGCGAACGCAAGUGGCUCAUGGGCUUCAAAGGUGCUGCAACCUUCAUGAAAGGAGCAGUGUCUAGUUUCACUGUGUGCUGCCCCGCCUCCAUCGGAAAGCUGGUUCUGAUAGAGCUCGACAAACAGCGCCUCCCGCUGUUUCCGGAAGACUCCUGGUUCCCAGCCAAGGUGGAAGUGAAAUCCCCCGAGGGAGACGUCUACCACUUUCCCAUCUACCGCUGGAUCACUGACAACGAGGUGCACCGCUUCAGAGAGGGAACAGCCCUGAGAGUCUUUGACGACAACCAUCACCUGGGCAGGUACAGUCGACAGCAGGAGCUGCAGCAGAGAGAGGAAGACUAUCGCUGGGAUGUGUAUGUCGAGGGAAUACCACACUGCAUAAAGGCAGAAAACCCUCUUUCUCUGCCAUGCGAGGUCCGCUUCUCCUUCACCAAGACGACGGAGUUUCUCUUCACGGCAUCCGCGGGGCUGACUGAGUUGCAGCUGAAAGGGCUGGCAGGCUGCGAGAAGAACUGGACUGAUAUUGAUGACAUCAAGCAGGUGUUCUGCUGCAAACGGACUGACAUAUCAGACUACGUCCAGAAACACUGGAAGGAGGACGCCUUUUUCGCCUACCAGUUUCUGAAUGGCGUCAACCCCAUGAUGAUCCGCCGUUGCACGGCCCUGCCCGGUAACUUCCCCGUCACUGACGACAUGGUCUUCCUCCACGGUCAGUGCAGCUUAGCGGCUGAGAUGAAGAAAGGAAACAUAUUCCUGUGUGACUACAAGCUUUUGGAUGGAGCCAAACCGAACGUCAUCAAUGGGAAGAAGCAGUACCUGAUGGCUCCUCUUGUCCUUUUGCACAAAACACCCGAUGAUAAGCUGAUGCCAAUCGCUAUUCAGCUGAAACAGACUCCAGCCGACGACAACCCCAUCUUCCUCCCCUCCGAUUCCGAGUACGACUGGUUGCUGGCCAAGAUUUUUGUGAGGAGUGCAGAUUUCAGCGCGCAUCAGCUCGAUGUUCACCUGCUGCGCACUCACCUGCUGGCUGAGGUGUUUGCUGUGUCGCUGCUGCGCCACCUGCCCAUGGUGCAUCCUCUGUACAAGCUCCUCAUACCUCACACUCGCUACACUCUGCAGAUCAACUACUUAGCUCGACUCCUCCUCAUCUCUGAGACGGGUGUUUUCACUGAGUUUGCAGCGUCUGGUGGAGAGGGUAUGAUGACAAUCCUGAAGAGAUCGCUGUCCUCCAUAACCUACAGCUCCCUCUGCAUACCAGACGACAUUGCUGAGCGGGGGCUGGAGGCUGUGCCCGACUUCUACUACAGAGACGACGGCCUCAGGCUGUGGGAUAUCAUCCACAGGUUCGUGCAGGAAAUGCUCUGCUACUACUACAAGAGUGACGCUGAGGUCCAGCAAGACUCCGAACUGCAGAACUGGAUCGGGGACAUUUUCAAGCAUGGAUUCCUUUCCCAGGCGUGCACAGGUAUUCCACAGCGCUUCGCCACUGUAGGCGAGCUGGUCAAGUUUGUCACCAUGGUGAUCUUCACCGGCUCGGCGCAGCACUCAGCUGUUAACUCUGGACAGUAUGACUUCGGUGGCUGGAUGCCCAACACUCCCAUCUCCCUGCAGCUUCCUCCCCCCACCACCAAGGGGACGGCAAGUGAGGCCACGAUGCUGCAGACGCUACCUGACGUCAGCACGACGGUGCAGGGCAUGGCCACCGUGUGGCUGCUCAGCAAGCGGUCCUCUGACUUCAUCCCUCUUGGCCAAUACCCGGAUGAUCAUUUCAGUGAGGAGGUUCCCUGCAAGGUGACAAAGGUUUUUCAAGGAGAGCUCGAAGUGUUAAGCGCAGCCAUCAAAGUAAGGAACAAGUGUCUGGAAGUCCCGUACACGUACAUGGAUCCCACAGAGGUAGAAAACAGUGUGGCCAUCUGAGUAUCAGGUGUGAGCUCCUGAGCUGGGGGCCAACAUUCAGGUUCACAUUAAUAAAAGGGGGAAAGAAACUGAUGAACUGUAGUGUAAUCAGGCUUCUGCACGUGAUCACUGAUUAUUACGCAGCCUGCUCGACUUAACUGUGGUGAAAAUGUCCUGUUUAAAUUAUCCACAUCCUAAAUAAAUUGGGUUUUCAGUGAAUAAACAAGACAUGUUACCAAAAGAGAUGAGAUGCAAAGCUGCUGCAUUGAGACGUUUCUUAAAUUAUCCUCACUGAAAAAAAAAGGGACACUUAUUUUUUUUAUAGCCAUUCAGUAUGUGUGUUCAUGUGUGUUGCAGAGUAUCCUCCUGUUGCUAAAAUGAGCUCCAGCUGUUUGUUAUGGGCCAUGCAGAGCAGUGUUAUAUAUCAAUGAGAGAAUGGAAAUGACUUCAUUUAGAUUGUUUUCCUGUUGCCUUCAUUUUCUUCACACGUUACUGAUGAAGAAACUUUAAAUCAAGCAAUUCGUCAAUAAACAUCAUGAGAUGUAGAAACAAACAUGGUGCCCAUGAGUAAUGAUUAAAAAAAAUUAACGUGGAUGAUUUGUCAUUAAAUAAUCACAUCAAAACCCUCAUUUAACACAGCAGCAUGUUCUUCAUAAAGAUUAAAAAAUGACUUGAGUUUUGAUAAUUUGCACAUUUUUCAUGUUAUAGAAAUGAGUUCUUGUUGCUGUAAUGUGAAUUUCUGUACCUUCUCUGUGAAGCAGCUGAUUUCUGAUCACUGCUGUCACUCAGGUCUAAACUGUGAGCACAUUUCCUCACCAUAAUAAAGGAUUGGUUAAAUCUACACCGUGA